AGGUACAAUACCUACAUACCUACAUACCCUGCAUACCCUACACACCCUACAUACAAUACGAUGGACCUUGCCCGCUGCCCACUGCCCAGCUACUAACCUCCAAUUCCAUCUCCAAUCCAUAACCCCAGACCCCUAGCACAAAGCAACAAUGUGAGUAGCGUUCAUAAUUAAAUUAUUGUCCUUGUUACAACUCUCAUGGCAGACCUACCUGUUAUCCUGUCGUCUCAGAUACGUCGUUCUUCUUCUCAGCGCAUCACAAGUUGGACAUGACAGCGUUACCCAUAGAGGAAGGCCGCCGGAUUACAAAAUCUUCCAGACCUGUUACCGCCGCUACUAGUGCUACCGCCACUUCCGAAUCACAUGCAACUCUGGUUAGGGACAGCGAUAAAGGCACGAUAGCUCCACCACGUGCGAAACGGGUGCAAGUUGCCCGUGCCUGCCAGCGAUGCAGGCGGCUCCAGAAGGCAUGUAGCGACUCGCGGCCGUGUCAACGUUGCACGAGGGCCGGGCUUUCUGGUGAAUGUAGCGGCUUCGCAGUCCACCCCCGAGCAUCAUCUCAGAAUCCAUCUUCUCAAAUAUUAAAGUCUGCCGAGACCCCAAUCCGGGUUUACGGGGCAGCAAACUCUUUAGACACUGCUCCGCGACCGUUAUUUAUCAACUUAGAAUUACCUACGAGCCCUCAGUCGUUCACCAGCUUUUCGAGAGAAUCCUUUGAGAGGAAAGCCGGCCUGCUACCUCCUCAAGUCAUCGACUAUUGUUCCGGUCGUUUCUUUGAGCGUCUCGCCCCGACAAUCCCAAUCAUAACACCGGAAUAUGUCGCGAAUCUUAGGACACGAGCGCCUUCCGAGAGCGAGGCUUAUUGCGUCUUGCUCGGAUUAUGUACUAUGGUGACACUACAAGUUGAAGACCCCCGCGACAAGUAUUUCGGACCUUUUGUCACAGCCGAGAACAAUGCCGCAUACGGCUGGUUAUUGCUCGAGGAAGCCCUAGCAGCGCAUCGCCAUCUGGCACGUAGGUCGAACCCGUGUCUCGACUCCGUCUUGCUUGUAUUCUUCAUAUACGCGUGCCACGCGAGCCUGUUUCACCACUCACAGGCCUUUUUCUUCCUUCGCGAGGCAGCGACCCUCUUUGUCCUGAUAAAACCCGACACCAUGGAUAGCCUCUCGAGGUCUCUGGCGGAGCGGCUGUUCUGGGUCUUAUUAGUUUCCGAGAGGUCCCACGCAAUACGCUACCGGCGCCCCAUCACGCUCCAGGUCACGACUAACGGCUUCGGGUUAUCAAUAGCUGGCGAAGACGAUCGUUCGCUUUGUGGGUUCCGAUGUCUAGCUGCCCUUUUCCGGGGUCUGGAUACGAGUUUCAUAGCCCUACUAAAUCAAGAAACGGUGUCCCGUACACUGGCCCACGAUUCCCUCGACGACGUUGAAAUAUCCAUCAACACGGCAUUAAACCACUCGUGCCCUUCCGAUCUCCUUCCAACUCAAAAAGCCAAUCUCAGGGUAACGCAGCUCUGGCUCCGCAUCGUCCUCUGGCAGUUACGUCUGCGUUUGGGACACCUCUCAGAGCAGAGCACGCAGAGUAGUCGUACCUAUCACUACCCCCUCGAUGUAGCGAAGGAUUUGACACUGUCGACACGUGAUCUGCCUAUACACAGCAUCCAGGUACACGGAGCGGGUAUAACGGAGAAACUUUUCGACAUAUCCUGUGCCGUCGUGAACGUGCUCGCUCGGGUACCUGUAAGAGUGACCAAGGCAGCGGCUGAAGAUGAUCUGAAAUACGUGAGACGCUUAAUCUUACAAUUGCCGGGCGGCGCGACGGUUUACGAUGCAUUGCUGCUCAAACAUAUCCAGCAAACGUUACCAACUAUGGCAGCGGGACUGGAGGUGUAGUGUGAAUAUCUCAAUCAGUGAAAACUACCCUACGAUAAUGGAUAAUUCUUAACGCGACAAGAGGUCGGCCACUUCUUGCGCAGAGCUGUGUGGCUAAAUACUAAAAAUAUUAAUUAUUAUAAAAUUAUAGGUACCUAGGUAUCUCAAAAUUAAUUCUUGUAACUACCUAAUUAUGCUCGGACUCGGACAUCUUUUUGAGAUCGUCACCCAAUUGAUGCGAGAAAGGAUCAAUCUUGGUCUCGGCGAACAUGCGCGCUGGGACUUUGUGCUCGAAGAGUAAAUCCAAUUCCGCAUAGGUUCUUCCUACAGCGAGGGGGGAAAACAGCAGUUAGCCCCGACGACCCAGACGCGCUAUUAUGGAAAUUCCCAAGAAAUACAUAAAAAGAAAGUAACGCACCUUUAGGUUCAGGCAGUCGAAA